AAUUCCAGCCGCAAUUUGUCCAAGGCGCUCUCAAAUAAAAAGCACAUUAUCUCUUCCCCCCCCCCCCCCAUACGCUCCCUUCUAGCUCCAUUUAUCCACGGUGCCUGACAUGCACGGUUCUCGGAACAAAACGGCGCCGACAGUCGGAAAGGGACACACUGACGCAGAUACCGGCACAGAGUCAAACCGGAGAGAAAGAAAAGCUGGAGGAGGUAUGUUAAAGAACCUGAAGUCAAGGCGCAGUCAAACGGAUAAGUGGCCCGUGGUAACAGAAGAUGAACUUCGGGCGCUCGGAGAGGAUAUUUCACCGGAUCAUGUCCUGGGACUGCGGGCUGUCACGGAGGACUAUCUUUGCAAACCUGAAGACAAUAUCUACAACAUUGACUUCACUCGUUUCAAGAUCAGAGAUCUUGAGACUGGGACAGUACUGUUUGAGAUCGCCAAGCCUCCAAACAGCGGUCCUGUAGAGGCUGAAGAGGGGAGCGGAGAUUUUGACGUCAGUGCCGGGCGCUUUGUGAGAUAUCAGUUUACACCAGCGUUCUUGAAACUACAGACUGUAGGUGCAACUGUGGAGUUCACCGUUGGCGACCGUCCCAUCAACAACUUUCGUAUGAUUGAAAGACAUUACUUUCAAGGACGCCUUCUCAAGAACUUUGACUUUGACUUUGGCUUUUGCAUUCCCAACAGCCGUAACACGUGUGAACACAUUUAUGAGUUUCCACAACUUCCAGAUGACCUCAUUCGACAAAUGGUGGAGCACCCUUAUGAGACCAGAUCAGAUAGUUUUUACUUUGUGGACAACAAGCUCAUCAUGCACAACAAGGCAGAUUAUGCCUACAAUGGUGGUCAGUAAAACCUUAAAAAGGACAAACGAGCAACACACCUGAGGGAAGGGAUUUGUUGUGUAUGAAUCCUGUUAAUUAGAUGUUUUUCUCAAGACAGAAGAAUUUUACCUCCAUCAGCAGAAUCAACAGCCCACAUCUGCCAUCUGAAGCAUUCAUGAAUUUACAGGGAUUUGGGACACUGAGGAAAAUUCUGUUAAAGUUUGUUGUAUAAGUAUCUUGUUUAGGUUUGGGCACUGUUUGCCUUUAGUUUGCGUCUCUGCUGGAAAGGGACAAGCACAGACCGCGAGUGACACAGGUUCUGUUACGACACUAUUUGCUUCAGCAUUAUAGGUUUAUUUCACAAGUGACAAUUGCUCCUCUUAAGAAUAGGAACACUGAUUAGAAGAUGUAGAGUAUUGAUUGUGAUAGGUCCUUUUCAUUCACUCUUAAAUAUUAGUACAGUGGUACCACUAAAUACGAACGUCUCCAGUCACGGAAAAUUCAGGUUACGAAACGCCUCCUCCGAAAAAUGUCUAUAGUUACGAAGGAAAUUCAGGAUACAAAAGGAGGACAAAAAUGGUGCUGGAUUCCCCAUAUUCCACUGAACAUAAACAUCCUGUAUAUUGAUUUGUGUGGCGUGAUAGAGAUGCCCUUCCAUUGGCUAGCGCCGUAGCAUCUUCCUGGCAUCCCAUUGGCUCGGAGGGAUGUCAAUCCGUACCUAUGAUGCUUUUUGAUUCCGUUGGACAAUCGACUAUCACCGAAUCACGCUCGCGCUGUCACACACUAACGCACAUUGGAAAAGUACAACUUUUUCCUUGUGUUUUUUGCAAGUUUAUUCAUCUUUCUUCACCAUGGCCCCCAAGAAACUUUAGUGGAAUUAAGUUGUGUACACGCUCAAGUUUUGUCUCGGCUGUCAAAAGUUUGCCUCCUCCUCCGUCCUCCACGAUGCCUUUUGCUUGUCACUCAGCCUUCUCUUUGCAUAGUUGCCCAACGCCAAAGGUAAAUGAACAUAUUUUUAAAAAUUAUUCUCUACAUUAUGUAUUUUUGAAUGCUGAUUUUUAGCGUGUGUGUGUGUGUGUGUGUGUGUGUGUGUGUGUGUGUGUGUGUGGUGUGUGUGUGUGUGUGUGUGUCUCUUGGGACAGAUUACGCUAUUUACAUGUAAAAGGCAUUUCUACCUUACGAAACAACUUUCGGAACGGAUUAAUUUCGCAAGUAGAGGUACCACAGUAUCAGUUUUUCAUUGUUGGGAUUUUAGUGUGAAAUAUUUAAAGUGAAUGUCCUUGAUAUAUGCUUGAUUAAUUUAUAUCCUGGUAGCAUAACCAUCUUUAAAAUAAAAAUUAUUUGAUGACGUCAGGCAUUAUGUUCAUCCAUUGCCUGAGUUUUUUUUUUGGGCGGGGGGGUCGAACUGGAAUCAAAGUCUGAUCAUGGUGCAUGCCUGAGAGAGUCAUGUCUCUUUGUUCGAAUGAUUUCACUACUAUUUGCAAAAUUUGAAUUUGUUUUCCUAUUCUGGCUAUACAAAAGUCAGUGUCUAUUUUGAACCCAACACUAACUAUUCUUGAAAUUAUUGGUAUUGCUUUAAGUUAAUAAGAAGAUGACAGUUGUGGAAAUCCUUCCCUCAGCACAGAAUUUUGACUUUUUUUUGUAUUGAUUGAAACAACUUUUGCCUUUCAUCCUGAUGGUUUGUGAAAAAAAACUUCUGAAUUGUCAUUCCCAUCUGACAAGAUUACAGAGAGUGGUCUUUCAUCCAAUUUGAUGACGGGAAUAUAUUUUAUAUGCUUUCAUGCAGGAAUUUGUGUGAAACUGAAAAAUGAAUCACAUUUCAUAAACUCACUGAAUGAUCUAAAAUUGUGCAACUAUGGUGAAGUGUUAAGCCUUGUUUAGCUCAGUAAAAUAGAUUGGGAUUAUGUUUAAUUUUGAAACCUGUAGUAUUUGUUUAAAAAAAAAACAUUACCCCUAAUCAAAAUCAGAAUGUAUUAUGUUUGGUGAUUGUGGUUGAAUUACUUUCUAACAGCUCUUGUAUUGUAGAUGGCAAUUAAUUGUCAAUAAAUUAACAUGAUUAAGUAAUUAAUUUUUGUAUAUUAGUCGUAAUGUUAAAACUGCUGUAAAAAAAUAUGGAUCCAAUUUGUACCACUCUCUUUAAAGUUACAGAUAAUAAAGGAAUUUUGCAAUUAUGA